GCAGCAAGUUGGAUAAAACAGUCGGUCCCAUUACAACUCAUCCAAUACUUUCCAUUUUCCCAAACUCCCCUAUCCCUUCCAAGAAAAGUCUUCUCAUCCCCAUAACAGAUUCUUCAUUCAUUCUUUGAUUUGUUCAAUUUUUCACACCUCUUUUAAUUUGAUUUCGUCUAAAUAGACGAUUCAAAUUCAACAUAUAUUUGGUUGUUCAGAGUAGUCUUGUUCUUUCAGACAAUCAAAUCAUUAGAUACAUGGCAGUUUCACCUGAAUCUUUCCCGCCGAGAAAACGUCGUCCCUCGGCGAGCUCUUUCGUAUCACCAAACCUCUCCGAUCGAAAUCUCCUCCAUUCCCUUUAUCUCUUAUCAUCAGAAAUAUCAACUCUACAACCUCUUUUAUUUCUCCUCAAAAGAAAUACGUCGUCCAUUAUCAGGAAAUCCAAGCUUUUAUCAAUCUUGUUCGAAGAAAUACACCCUAUUCAGUACUUUCCACCUUCCGCAAUAUUAUGUUUCGAUGAAUUAUACAUAGUCUUACAGCGCAUGAAAACAUUACUUGAAGAUUGUCGUAAUUGUAGUAAGAUGUGGCUACUUAUGCAAGUUGAUGUCUACUCCAAUAUUUUUCAUGAACUUACUCUUGAGUUGUCUACUUUAUUGGAUAUUCUUCCUGCUAAAAAGCUCAGAUUAAACGACGAUGUCCAGGAGUUGUUGAUUCUCGUAACGAAGCAGUGUUCGGAGAAAUUCGCGUAUCUUGAUCCCAAGGAUCGACAUUUACGAUCUCAAGUUGUUGAAAUGCUUGAUAGAAUCGAAAAAGAAAUUGUCCCUGAUACGUGUAAAUUAGCGGAUAUUUUCGACAAGUUGACUUUGCGUGAUUCUACGAGUUGCAGGGAUGAAAUUGAGUUGUUGGAAGAGGAAAUUCAAAGCCAAACUGAUGAGAAAGCGAAAUCCGACAUCAUCGCGUUGAUAGGAUUUGUUCGAUAUGCUAAAUGCGUGUUAUACGGCGGUUCGACCCCGAGGACGAAUUCCCGGAGGCGGCGGGCGGCUGCUGCAGCUGCUGAUAUUAGUGUUCCGGCUGAUUUCCGGUGCCCGAUUUCUCUUGACAUAAUGAGAGACCCAGCGGUUGUUUCCACGGGUCAAACAUAUGACAGAAGUUCGAUAACCCUUUGGUUCGAAUCCGGUCAUACCACGUGUCCCAAAACCGGUCAAACGUUGGCCCACACGGAUUUAAUACCGAAUUCAGCGUUGAAGAAUUUGAUAGCUAUGUGGUGUAGAGAACAGAAAAUACCGUUCGAGUCAACGGAGUUGAACGUUAAAUCUAAUGGUGUUGUUACGAAUAAAACGGCGUUGGAAGCUACCCGAAUGACGGUGUCGUUUUUGAUCAACAAGUUGAAGGCUUCGCAAUCCGUUGACUCGGCUAACCGGCUUGUUCAUGAGCUUCGGGUUUUAGCUAAGACAGACUCGGAUAGCCGAGCCUGUAUUGCUGAAGCUUCAGCUUUGCCGUUGUUGGUUAAGCUAUUAGGCUCGGAGCAACCGAGCCUGCAAGUUAACGCCGUUACAACAAUUCUCAAUCUGUCAAUUCUGGAAGCAAACAAGACGAGGAUAAUGGAAACGGAUGGAGUUUUAAACGGAGUUAUCGAAGUGUUACGGUCAGGUGCCACGUGGGAGGCUAAGGGGAACGCGGCAGCAACGAUUUUUAGCUUGUCAGGUAUACCAGCAUACAAAAAGAGGUUGGCUAGGAAGACCCGUGUCGUGAAGGGACUGAUGGAUUUAGCGCGCGAGGGGCCAACAAAUUCGAAAAGGGAUGCAUUAGUGGCAAUUUUGAAUUUGGCGGGAGAUAGGGAGGCAGUCGGGAAGUUGAUCGAAGGCGGGGUGGUGGAAAUGGUGGAGGAGAUUAUGGAUGGAUUACCGGAAGAGGCGGUUACAAUACUCGAAGUGGUGGUGAAGAAGGGUGGAUUGGUGGCUGUCGCAGCCGCGUAUCCAUUGAUGAAAAAACUGGCCAUAGUGUUAAGGGAUGGCACUGAUAGGGCACGAGAGAGCUGUGCCGCGACGCUAGUGAACAUGUGUCGGAAAGGGGGAUCGGAGAUGGUGGCGGAACUGGCGACGGUUCAAGGGAUAGAGAGGGUAAUUUGGGAAAUAAUGGGAAUGGGAACAGGGAGGGCUAGAAGAAAAGCUGCAACUUUGUUGAGGGUGCUAAGGAGAUGGGCUGCGGGAUUAGAUGCAGAAGUGGCAUCAGGGGCUUAUUCAGAUGUGAAUAUGAAUACUGCAACAAGAAUAGCAUUGCCAGGUUAAUUUUUUUUUUUGGUUCAAAUAUGGAAAAAGUUGGUUCUUUUGUUUAUUUGGUUACAGGAAACCUGAACAACAAACUGUAACAUUUGAGUCUUAAGUCCUUUGUGAAUUGUACAAUUGUUUAUACCUUUUCCAAGUUGAAGAAAAUAGAAAUAAAUUUCCAUACGA